CCCAGUUUCCUAUGAGGCAACCCCAAUAUGUAUGCUCGCAUGUUCUUCGUAAAGGUACAACACCCAUUCGAAACCAAAAGUAGAGAUAAUGCUAGACCUUACUUUUACUCCUUCUACCCUUUCUUCCCCAUUAGUGCGCAGUGUGUGUGUGUGUGUCAUUCUAUGUGUGCGUGCUUGUGUCGGUCGUAUUAUCUGUUACCAGGUUUUUUUCCACCACACACAACAAGACAAGAAAUAGUGAUACCAACAAUGUUCAUCAUUUCACUGGUUUUCAUAUAUGGAAGUACUUUGUUAAAGCUUAUGGCUUGUUCUGAUUAGUGGCCUAUAUAUGUACCUUGACUGGAUUUUACCCUAUUUGCACUGCGGAGUAAUCAUAACUUACAGAUGAUGGAGAGCAUUGAGUCCUGCAAUGCCCUAUGCGCUAUUUCCCUGCCAUUGUCAAAUGAACUGUCUUUUCUUUGUUCUUCUUUGAUUCCAUCCCUAUAUUCCUCCUUUUAAAAAAAAAUAUGCGGGAUUUCUUAUUUACUUGCUCUGUUUUUCUCUGACUGUGCUCUUUUGCUGUGUAGUGUUACAUGAGAUGACUCCUUAGCCUUUUUUAGACAUGUAACAUUCCACUGUGUUUCAUGUUGUGUUUUAUGUUUCAGGCAUUAUUCUAGAGACAGACAUUGAUUUUCAGGACAGUCUGCUGCCUAAGAAAAAGGCCUACUUGCAAGAGGUGCAUCGUCUGAUGUAUGAUCUGGCAGAGCACAGUGAGGCCGUCACUGGACUCCACAUGGAGCCAUUCCCACAACAGCCCUCUAGCUCCGAGAUCAAAUACUACAUCCUGGCAACCACUCCCAAACGAAUAUACCAGUUCAUUGGGAGCGUAGCCAAGGGGGAGACCCCUCAAUUUGUCCAGCUGUUUGCGAUGUACAAUCCGGGGACGGUUCAGUUCCUGGAGAUCCCUGGGACACUGAGAGAGAGCCAGCUGCAGCUGUGGCCAGCCAAACCCAACACCACCCCUCUGUCCUUUGCCUGGCUCACCGGUGCUGGAAUCUACUAUGGACAACUGGGAUUUGGAGACCACAUGCCCGUUGUCUUGAAGCAUACAGACCUACGCUCUUAUCCUGAUCAGUUGGAAUGUAGAUGUCUCCUCCUCCUCCACUGAAUGGGCAAUAUUCUGCUACUUCCAGAUGUUUUGCUCCCUAGUGGCUAGAAACACGAACACCAUCAAGGUUGUACUCUUUGUUAAUCUCCAGCUGUUGUACCUUGUCACCGUCAUCGUCUAUCUCGUAGGAAUGCUCUUCAUCAUACAGGAAAGGAAAUGAUAAGCUUUUUUGAGGCACUGGUAGAGGUGUAACCUAUAUUUAGCCAACCACUAGCCAUAGAUAUAGCGUAGAUCGCCAAUUAUCGCACCCUUAAGGAACGGCGUCCACUACGCUGCGGAAAAGUUACGUACUUAUUCCUAACGUCGUGCCCUGCGAGUUUACGUACUGUAGUACCUUCGUAUCCAGUU